AUGGAAAGCAGCGCUUAAUUAUCCUAAGUAAAGAUUGCAAUUCUGGGAGGUUCUGGAGCUACUGGCAGAGAAAUAAUUAGAAAUGCGAAAUAAGACCCUAGAGUUACAGAAAUAACCAUUGUAGUCCGAAGAACUCUUGAGGAAUGGAAAUAAGAAGACUUCUCUUGCGAAAUUAAGAUAAUAAUGCUAGAAAAUCUGGACAAUCUUGAAGAGAUUAAGGAGUAAUUGAUGGGAAAUGAUAUUUUCAUCAGCUGUCUUGGUGCCAGACAAAAGGUUGGCUCUAAGGAGUUCCAGAGAAUCGAAAGGGAUGUUCCUGCUAACUUUGCCAGAAUUGCCAAGGAAUGUGGAGCCACCUAUUUCUCAUAUCUAUCAAGUAUGAUGGUUAACAAAAAAUCUAUGAUUCAAAUCCUGAGAGUCAAAGCUGAAACAGAGGAACUUAUUAACAACCAAGAAUUACCAAUUGCAACAAUGUUUAGGCCAGGCGUAUUAGUAAACAGAGAUAAUGACUUCAGAUGGAUAGAAUGGAUUCUGGCUAAGCUUCCAGGUAGUAAAAUUGAAGACAAAGUGCUAGCCUAUGCUAUGUACCAUCAUGCAGUCAAUGAGACAUUAAAAGUUAAGAAAGGGGAAAGGUUAAAUAGCGAACCUCUCAAAUUGGCUAUUGAAAAUGCUGAUAUCAAGAAAUAUGCAGACAUGAUUAAAAAAGGAAUUCUUCAAAAUGAAUAAUGA